AUGGGGGCCGCAUCCAGCAAUCCGAGAACGCUGGUGGUGAACAACGACUCACCCGCCGGCCUGAUUGACAUUUCCGAUGAUGUAGUCCAGCGGCUCAAGAGUGGCCUUCCGUCCAAGGCGCAAGGUAGGAAUGCGGAUGCUCAGCAACACCAACAGGCGCAGCAGGGUAGUGACGAUGGCAGUGCGCCCCCAGUUCGCGGCCCAAGCUCCUACCCAAAUCCGCCGGUUCCACCGUCGAUAGUGUAUCAGGGUGAACAUCCGCUUACCUCGAUGCAGGUACUGCAGGAAAAAGAACGGGAGCUGCGUGAGAACGACGUUUACUGGACCCAACGGCUGAAGGCGCUCGAAGCUAAUCUCGCCAAGACGAACCAGGUGCUGGAGAAGGAAUACAGCGAUGCGGUUUCUGACGUAAAGAAACGAUUCGCUACGACCGCCGUUCAGCAGCAGCUGCCACCCUGCCAGGAUCUGAAGGCGAAGGUAAUCGCAUGCUACCGGCAAAAUCCACACGAGACGCUGCGCUGUGCUGAAGAGGUAAAGCAGUUCACUGACUGUGUCAACCAGCACCGAAUUCAGCUGCUGCAGCAGCGUACAGCGGCCGACAAUGAAAAGAAGUAA